AUGCAAAACUAUAGCAAUCCCUGUUUUAUAGAAAUCACUUUGAUAUCAGCUCAAGAUCUCAGAGUAGCCUCUUCGGUUUUCUGCCGUCGCCUCCGGCCGUUCAUAACCGUCACUACUUCCGCCACCCUGUACGGUGAUAAACAGGUGAAAGUGUACAAAACAAAGGUUGAUGAUAAAGGUGGUGUAAAUCCCACAUGGGGCGAUAAGUUUCGGUUACCACUUGAUCAGACAAUUUUUUACCUAAGAAAAUCAGGUAUUUAUCUCCAACUUUACACCAAGCAUCUUGUGAUGGGUAAUACUCAACUGGGGUGGUGUUUAAUUCCGAUGACGGAUAUAGUCAACAGGUUAAUUCCGGUGGGGUCAACUCGAUUCUUAAGUUAUAGGUUAAGGGAUAGAGAUGGUUCCAGGGGGAAUGGUAUUGUGAAUGUUGCGGUAAAGUUGGAAGGAAACCUUCCUACACAACAUCCGCCUCAACGGCCUGUGAUGAUGCCAGAGGGGAAUGUGGGUGACAUAGUGAUUGGAAUUCCAGGGAAAAUGUUGUCGGAGAGGAGUGAGUUUUCACAAGAGCAUGUAGGAGCUGGUUGCUCAAAUCGUUACGCCUUUUCUAUAGGUAGGUACUGA